AUGGGUAGCCAGCACCCGAAUCCUGAAAUCAAACCCGCCCAAGACGGCGACGGCGAGGUCGUUUCCGAAGUCUCCUCUAACGACAACCCACAACCAUUCCCCAAAGGCGACUUGUACGAACGACGCCUCUCUCAGGCCGACUGGGCACAGUAUGGCCAGACCAAGCGCGGGCUGAGUCCUCGCCAUGUCCAGCUCAUGGCCAUCGGAGGCUCCAUCGGGACGGGGCUCUUUGUGGGGAUCGGUGGCAGCCUGUCGAAAACCGGGCCGUUGUCGUUGCUCCUGGGCUAUCUCUUCUGGGGAGUUUUAUUCAUCUGGCCUUGCAAUCUAUGCGUGGCUGAGAUGUGCGCCUGGUUACCUGUCCGUGGCACAAUCUUCGAACUUGCCGGGCGUUAUGUCGACCCUGCAUUGGGCUUCGCCAUGGGCUGGACCUACUUCUUUGCCGGCGUCAUGUUGGUCUGUACCGAGUACUCGGCCGUCGCGACCGUGAUGCAGUACUGGACUACGGACGUCAAUGCGGCCGUGUGGGUCACCAUGUGUCUUGUGGUUUGUUUUGUCUUGAACGUGGUGGCGGUGAGAUGGUAUGGCGAAUCGGAAUUCAUCAUGGCAUCGACCAAGAUCCUGCUGCUGAUCGGCUUAUGUCUCCUCACGUUUAUCACCAUGGUGGGCGGCAACCCCAAGCACGACGCGUACGGCUUUCGGUACUGGAAACACGGCCUGGCAAUGCACCCGUAUUACGUGCACUCUAAUGCUACCACCGGACGAUUUUUAGGGUGGUGGUCGGUGGUGCGAUACGCCGCUUUUACCGUUGCCGGGCCGGAUCUGAUUGCCCUGGCGGCAGGGGAGAUCCAGAACCCACGCCGGACGAUCCCGCGGGUGGCGCGACUCGUCUUCUACCGUCUGGUCGGAUUCUACGUGGUCGGUGUGCUGGCCGUGGGCAUCCUCUGCUCAUCGCGCGACACGCGGCUGCUAGGCGCGCUGAAGAACGGAUCGGCCGGCGCCGCGGCAUCUCCGUGGGUGAUUGGGAUCCAAAAUCUGGGCAUCACGGGCCUCCCGGGGUUCAUCAAUUUCUUGAUCCUACUGUCCGGCUGGUCGUGCGGCAACGCCUACCUCUACUCGUCAAGCCGGACGUUAUACUCGCUCGCACGAGACGGGCAGGCCCCCAAGUUCUUCAUGAAGUGCACCAAGUCAGGCAUCCCAGUCUACUGUGUGGCGGCGGUCAGCUUGAUCUCGUGCAUCACGUACCUAGUAGCGUCGGACAGUGCGGUGACGGUGUUUUUCUGGUUCGUGUCGCUCACCACCAUCGCCCUCAUUGCCACCUACACGGCCAUGCUGUGGACGUUUAUCGGCUGGUACCGCGCGCUGAAGGCCCAAGGCGUCGACCGGAAUUCGCUGCCUUAUAAGGCGCCACUGGCGCCCUAUACCGCGUGGUUCGCCAUCGGCGUCGGCUGCGUGGUCAUGCUGUUCAUCGGGUUCGACGUCUUCGUGCCGUGGGACACGGAAGGGUUCGUGACGUCGUACUUUGGCCUGGCCUUCGGCGUGGUCAUGUUCGUCUUCUGGAAGGUCUUCAAGCGCACUCGGUUCACCGACCCCAAGACAUGCGACAUCUACAGCGGCAAGGCCGAGAUCGACAUGGAGUGCAGACACUGGGAGGAGGGGGGGUUGGAGGAGAAUGAGAGGAAGAGAUUGGCGCAGAUGAAUUUGGUCAGACGUACUUGGGAGAGGAUCUGGUAG